AUGAGUGGAAUGACGACAGGUCCGAUGGAGCUGGAAGACGGUGGAGCCAAAUCGGAAGCUGUCAAGUCUGAUUGUUUCCUCAUCACCACCAUCGCGUAUUCAUUUAUAUGUGCUCGUCUGCACUCUCUAUCCUGUCGCAUCUUCCUCCUUGCAUGUUCUACUAUACACCUGUCCAUGUUACGGUUCUUCCCUCAACCUCUUCUCUUCAGUUCAUCUUGA